UUGCGCGGUGCCUGUCAUUGAGUCAUACUCGAGCUAUUUGUUUUGAUUUUUUGUCCUAAUUUGCCCCAAAUGACAAACUGUGAAGUUGCAGCUUUUUAAGCUCAUGAUUGAGACGGUUAUUGCGCAUUUGUUACCAUUUCCGAUUCGCGCGAAAAUUUCUAGCCAUUUGUAUUGUAGCUUUGUGCACAAAAACAAAAAAAGUUCUCGUUACCUAUCAUUCGCAACGACGUUGGAUUGUACGAGUUGCAAAUGUGAUAUUAAAUUGGAUUACCCUGUUUUCAGAACAUUUCUCAAGAGCCUUUGACUGAGGAUACCGGUCCUCGGUCCAUCUGCUGCUGAGAUGCCGUUCACGAGGCGGGCACUGAAGCGGGCGAGAGAAGCCGAGAAAGCUGCAGACGAGGCCGCCGGCGGUGGCGGCGCACCAUCGACUGCUACCGGGGCGUCAUCAGACUCACCCCCAGAAGAGAUGGAGCCAGACUCCCGGCCGGACAAGAAAGAUCCGCACCAACGCAGAGAUUUGAGGGGGAUCAUUCCUGUGCUGAAUUGCGAGUGGCUCGGCUGCGACUACACCACUAAAUCAAUGGAGAAGUUCAUCAAACACGUGGAUAAACACGUCCCCAUUAGCCCUGAUCCUGGCAACACGUACGAGCGCUGUCGCUGGGCCGACUGCACGUUCCGAGUGCUGGACGAGCGUAUGAUCCGGCGGCACGUGCUCUACCAUGCGUACCACUGUCGGCUAAUGGCCUUCGGCGCUGAGAUACUGAAGCGGUCAGGCAUCCGCCGCUGCACGCUGGAUAGUAGCGAGCGACACUUGCUGCCCGACCUGCCGGAUCCAUUCGUCUGCUACUGGCAGGACUGCACGGCCGAGUUUGACGACCCGCAGACUUUCUUCUGGCACGUGACGUACCACGUCAAGUGCCACUACCAGGGCGAGAAGCUGGAUGGCAGCCGGCCGGCCAAGUGCCUCUGGCUUGACUGUACCGCCUCACACCGCAGCCACUACCGGCUCAGGGAUCACAUGCGCGUGCACACGCGCGAAAAGCCAAUGGCGUGCCCCACGUGCGGCAUUGUUUUCGCCAACACUGCCAAGUUUGAGGACCACCACUUGCGGCAGACGUCGUUUGAAGACCUGCGGUACCAGUGCAGCCACUGCCUGAAGCUGUUCGCCACCGUGCGCAUACUCCGAGAUCAUAUUCGCUACCACAUCAACAAGUACCGCUGCCAGCUCUGUACCAUGACGGUGCCGUCGAUGAACGCCCUGCGAGUGCACAUGCUCUACAAACACACGGAUGAGCGCAACUUUUCCUGUCCAAAGUGCUCCCAAACGUGUAAGACGUCCAACGACCUGGAGGUGCAUCUCAGGGCCCACAACAUGUGGGAACGGAACGAACGCCUUCCGUGUCCCCACGAGGGCUGUCGGUUCGCGUUCUUGACUGAAGAGCGGCUCAAGCGACAUUACAACAAGAUUCACAGUGGACAGCCUCGCAGCUACUACUUCUGCCACCUGUGUGACACCCGCUACCUGGCAGCAGUAAACCUAGGGGUUCACUUCAAGAGGGCGCACAACCUCAGAGUUCCAGACGGACACACGCGGUUCAAGUACCGGCGGGGCGCCGACGGCCAUUACCGACUAGAGACGCUCCGGUACGAGUCUCUGGAGGUGGCCGAACUGGCGGAGGCGGCCGCGGCACCGGAGCCGCAGCCGGUUCCCCAGCCGGCCGCGGCCACCCCCAUGAUGGAUGUCCUGGCUCUCAGCUGCGAGGACGGAGAUGUGCCGGACACCAUUAACGCUGACGAUGGCCGCGAGCUGCACCUCCCAGAGGAGGUGCGCCGCGCGCUGGCCACCGGCCGCCGCGUGCUCGUCUGCGUCCAGGGAGACCAGGUGCAGCUGCUGGCCAACGUGGACGCCAUGAACGAGCUGGGCGACCCAGACGAUCCGGACGCGCUCAUGAUGGUCGUGGACGGACAGGCGGUGGCCGUCGGUCCGGCGCCCGACGCCCAGUGAACCCUGGAGUGGACUGGAGUUGGGAGGAGUGGAGUGGAGUUGUGGGGAGUGAGCGGUGACGGACUGACGGCAGACAACGACCGCUGACGGACGAUAUGAUGAACUGAUAUGGGAAGGAAGGCAAAGAAAAGACACGCUUGGAAGGAGAAAUGCAAGUGAAAUGAAAUGAAUAGGUGAAUUUCGAAUGGAGAUGUCUGAGAAAGAAUGAAACUGAAGAAGAGGUGACCGAGAUGUGACGUGAGCGGUGAAGUUAGUGAAGGAAACGAUCCAUGGAGGGAGAAGAAUAGUCCACAUGGGGAGUAACGAAGAACGUUAGUGGCGAAGAGAAGAGCCGUCUGGUAGAGUGAAGUGGUUUGUGGAAAUGGAAGAGUGGUCCUUGGUAGAGCGGAGAGGUCUGUGGUUGAGUUACGAGGGUAACGGAGCUCUGCCGACGGCAGCUGUGCCAGUGUGUGAGGUCCACAGCCUGGCGGCAGCCGUCCACAGCCGGGCGGCGGCAGGCUGGACUUUCAUCGGAACGGACGGGCAUUUCUCAGGACUGCGGACAGACGACUGACCGAAGAGUUCAAAAGACCGGCUGAACAAACCCAAGCGAACUAUCGCACUGGGCGAAAACAGCGGAAGAUCUCGAGCGAGUGUGGUGGCGCGCGGGUUACUUGUCCGUCCCUUGGGCUGGCUUUAGCGGACGCCCCAGUCGUUCUGUAUCGUGUUUCACAGGCAAGAGUCUCCUGAUGCCUUUACCGCGGCGACUUUCAGGUUUACAAGUGUCUCACGCCGUUUUGUGUUGUUUGGCCAUGUUUGAGCGCGGGGAGAUGGUGAAAGUUUUUACGGUGUUGAUAUUGGUCAGUCAUUUUGAACACUGCGUAGUGUGCACAUUGUUGGCAUAUGCUCAAUACACAUACGAACAUUC